CAAAAACCACUCAUGACAAUAGUCGAUGCUUUUAGUUUUCGUCUCCCUUCAUUAUAGACUUGCGUUGGUACACGGUUGAACCGUGCCAUAGACUCGUAGAACGUUUUCAAAGCGCCUGACCGGCCUCGUGUUUUUAAAGGCCUCGGCAAUUCCAAGUGAGGCAGACACACUUUCGAAAUCCUGAACGGGUUUAUCGCGUGGUUUCCUAGCUUUGCUUGAUAAGGCUCAAUAAGUUUCUUUCCUGCUCACGCUCUGGAUCGUGGCCCGGUGCUUCGAUCACUCGUGAGCUCUUUUAUUCGCAGAGCACCUCCAACUCUUCGCUAGACCUCCACACCCCCAUCUAAUUACCGUCUUCACGAAUCACGACUCCCAAUGUACACUUUCCUUCCCCUCAUUGCUCUCGCACUCUCCCCUGUGUCCCUGGUGCAAGGGAAAUCAUUAAUGUUCACCCACGCACACAAGGUCGCCGUCAAACACAGCGCUGGCCUCGCGCGCGACCUCCGCGUGGCAUUCGGUAGCAUCCUGGCCACGCAGCCCAGCUCCUCAUCAUCAAAUCUGAACUUCUACUGCGUUGGCUCUGAUGGGGAGGGUGUCAGCAUGCCUUCAUCUGGUAACUCGUCUUCAUCUCCAACCACGAACGGAAAUGCUACCUCCACUGGAUCGGCUGCGCCAUCAAGCACAAGCGUUCCGUCAUCGUCUUGGAAGGUAGCAAAUAGUUACAGUGGGCAAACGUUCUUCAAUGGCUGGAGCUUUUACACCUCAGCGGACCCGACAAAUGGGAACGUUCAAUAUGUAGAUCAAACCACCGCUCAGAGCGCAGGCCUUAUCGAGAUUAACUCGAAUGGGAACGCCGUGAUGCGUGUUGAAACAACGCCACAAGUCCAGACCAAUCGGCAGAGUGUGCGGAUCACGACUCAAGCCACUUUCGAUGGUGGCCUGGUUAUAAUGGAUGCCGUGCAUAUGCCUACUGGAUGUGGAACGUGGCCUGCUUUUUGGACAAAUGGCCCCAAUUGGCCAGCCGGAGGCGAGAUCGACAUCAUCGAGGGCGUGAACAACUACACGAACAAUCAAGCGACGAUUCACACUAACCCAGGGUGUAUAUUACCCUCCACCAGCAGCACCUUACUUAAUAUGUCUGGAACAUUGGUUGCGUCUACUGACUGCUCAGCAGCUCAGACCGGUAACCAGGGGUGUGGAGUUCGUUCUAACUCGAGCGUCUCAUUUGGAUCAGGGUUCAACGGAAUUGGUGGCGGUGUUUAUGCUAUGCUCUGGGACAACUCCGGCAUUUCAGUAUACUUCUUCCCCCGUGGAUCAAUACCAUCAGAUAUCUCUGCCCGAGCACCUCAGCCUCAGAAUUGGCCGGCUCCCAUGGCCAACUUUCCCUCAACGGAUUGCAAUCCUUACCAAUAUUUCAAUACCCAUUCCGCUAUUUUUGAUACCACGCUUUGUGGUGACUGGGCAGGCUCCGCUUGGAGCGGCACAGGUGUGCCUGGGCAAUCAGUGAGCUGCGCACAACAGACUGGUUUCUCGACGUGCUCUGCAUUCGUCCAGGCGAGUGGUGGCUCUUUCAGCCAAGCUUACUGGGAAGUCUCCAGCGUUACGAUAUACCAGAACACAUCAUGAAAUAUUCACGACACUGGAAGAAUAGAGUCUUAUAUAGAUCUAUCGUUGUAUUUACUAGGGUGUAUAUUGUAGCUCUAGAGAACGUCUGGAAUUGCACGGCAACACACGCUAGCCGAUGUUUGAAGUUACUA